UCUGGGGUGAGAAGACGCGGCGUGCAGGAGCCAUGGGUUUGUCUGCGUCCUCCCCGCCUGCCGCGGGUCAGUCGGCGAGUGCAUCCCGGCAGCAGCACACGGCGUCCGCGCCUUCAGAAUGUCCCAUGCACCAGGAGAAAAUGAGUGGUUGUCCAAUGCACAUGAAGGCUCCUGAUCACAGAGCUGAGAACGCAGAAGAUGUUCCUGCACAUCAAGAAAGAGCAUAUGAAUAUGUGGCAUGUCCAGUGACGUCUGGUGCAUCUCAAAUGAAAGAUGACAUAGAUCCUAGCAAUAUGAUGCCGCCUCCUAAUCAGCAGCCAUCCCCAGGUCAACCCUUUCCAUUGUCAACGGUUAGAGAGGAAUCUUCCAUUCCUAGAGCGCAUUCUGACAAGAAGUGGGUCUACCCUUCAGAGCAGAUGUUCUGGAAUGCUAUGCUAAGAAAAGGGUGGAGGUGGAAAGAUGAUGACAUAACAGGCGAAGACAUGACCAACAUUAUUAAGAUUCACAACCAAAAUAACGAGCAAGCCUGGAAGGAGAUUCUGAAGUGGGAAGCUCUCCAUGCUGUGGAAUGUCCGUGUGGGCCAUCACUGAUGCGGUUUGGAGGCAAAGCAAAGGAGUAUUCACCAAGAGCCAGAAUACGUUCAUGGAUGGGAUACGAGCUUCCCUUUGACAGGCAUGACUGGAUUGUUGACCGGUGUGGAAAGGAAGUGCGAUACGUUAUUGAUUACUACGAUGGCGGAGCAGUAGACAAGAACUACCAGUUCACCAUCCUGGAUGUUCGCCCUGCCUUUGACUCCCUCUCAGCUGUAUGGGACAGAAUGAAGGUAGCUUGGUGGCGGUGGACUUCCUAACUACUCCUGUGGUGUGUAGCCAAAAUGUGAAGCACUCUCCUCUGAGGUUUAAGGAUGAGUGAAUACUAGGACUUGACGUAGAAUUUCAAUGCAACUGUUGAUAUUUUCAUCAUCACCACUGUUCUCUGGGUGGUGGGAAGGGAGGGGGGGGGAAUGCGUUGUUAAGUAGGCUGGUGCUUUGUGGUG